UCCUAAUUGGGAUGCAUGCACCGCAGCGGGGAGCGAGCCGAAGAUGGAAGGAGACGCGAUGCGAUAAAAUUGUUGAAUUUAUUAUAGCUGAUAAUAUGAGCAGAAAGUGACCUUACAUUUAUCAUUUCUGCGUUGGACUCGACGAGAUCAUGAAGUCCUUUUCAUUGUUUUUGCUGGUAGCUUUGGCAACCAACGCGUUUUGCAGCUAUCCAAACGUUUGUCCGAAGAUCCUGAAAAAGAAUCUAUGGGCGGGGAAGUCCCCUGUGAAUAUUGAUUAUGUUAUCAUCCCGGUGGAGUACGUGGUCAUCCACCACACGGUCACGUCUACAUGCACUUCCGAGGUGAGCUGCUCGAACUUGCUCUGCAACAUACAGAAUUACCACAUGGAUGAGCUGAAAUUCAACGAUAUAGGAUACAACUUCAUGAUUGGCGGAGAUGGGGUAGUCUACGAAGGUGCUGGAUGGCACAAGGUCGGCGCUCAUACCUACGGAUACAACUCCAGGUCAAUGGGCAUCGCUUUCGUAGGAAACUACGUGGAUAAAACUCCGAGCGAGAAGAUGCUGAAGGCUCUGAAGGACUUCCUGGCGUGCAGCGUUGAACUCGGCGAGCUAAGCAACAGAUACAAGCUCAUCGGCGGCAGACAAGUCAUCAGCACCGAAAGUCCAGGUCUCAAAUUGUACCAAGAAUUACAAAAGUUCCCUCACUUCCAAAGGAAUCCUUAGAUGCGCAGCAAUUAAUUGGAUUUAAGAAACAAUUACUUUCGUUGUAUUAUUUUUGUUUUAGUAAAUACAACACAAAACUAA